CAUGUAUACAUUUAUCUACAACUUUGACAAUUGGUUUAGUAUCACAAUUAGCUUUGGAUUCGGUUCAGUUUUAAAUUUAAGAGUAAAAUAGAAAGAAAGGAGGAAGCAACAACAUACGAAGGGACAACAAAGACAACUUCUCUCGUCUUAAAUUUGCUUUUCUCUUUUCUUAACAUCUCUGUAUGCACACAUUCACGUAAUAAUAUUCACAAGUUUCUCUUUCUCUCUUUCUCUCUCUCUAGAAUAUCUUUAUUACUAUAGUUUCGUGUUGUGUGUGAUUCGUACCUCUUUGCUAACAUAGCUAUUAAAUUCUGUCUUUGGAAACUGCUCUUUUGAUUGACUUUUUUUUUCUUUAAAUCAGUUUCCAAUUUAUUUUCUUCCUUUUUGUUGUUGUCAAAUUUUUAAAUUUUGAAUAUACUAUCAUUAUAUAUUGCCUGGUUAAAUGUGAAUUUACCUAUAUUACUAUUCUCUCUUCCUAAUAAUCUCCAGAUUCUAUUCCCAUUUGAUUUUUGUGUGCUUCGCUUCGCUUUCCUCAUUCUCAUCAUCUGCAGAAAAAAAAGUGGUUUGUUUUCUCUCUUUUAACCUUUUGCCCUCUUUUCUCCGCAAUCGGUUUCUUCUUUGAAUGUGUUUGUGGAAGAAUCAAACCUGAAGCGUUUUCUUUUUCUCUCACCAAACCUUUUCAGAUCGAUUUCUUUUCUCUAUCUCUGUUUUGAUUUUAUUAUUUUUCUGGGUUUGUGGGUUUCACCUCAAGCUUGAUCGAAAUUGGUGAAAUCUGUUUGGUGGGUCUGUGUGUGUGUGUUUUGUUCAUCCUAAAAGCUUGAUUUUUUCUGGUUUUGGAGGAAUAAAGUUAGUUUUUUUGCAAUGGGUUUUUAGGCUGGAUCUCUGUCUUUAGGAACCUGUUUUAAGUGUUUGUUUUCGACAGAAGUUUCCAGCAUCAGCUACAUUGCAGAAGGUGGUGAGGAUCUCUUGAACUCUUAAAGUGUCAAACUUUGGUUUAAAGCAAGGAUGCAAGGAGAGAGAGCAAGUCUCGGUUCUUUAUCAGAGACCUUGAACUUUGAGCAUGGCUCGACAUCUAUUAAUGCUGCUGUGAUGGAUCAGCAGAUUCGUUGGGAGAAUAUUCACAAUCUUGGUGAUAAUCAAUUGCAUGAUUACAUGAUUCCACCUCCUGCUACAACAACAACUACUUUCCCAAUCUCGGUAUCUCAUGAGCAACGGGACUUACACAGGUUUAGCCUCGGUGAGGCUAGCUCUAGUGGUGUGCAAUGGAUGCAAAUGGGACGUUUUGAGGAACGGAGAAACGACAAGCCUGAGCUGAACCCUUCUUUGUUUAUGCAACGGCCUAGUGGAAACCGCGUUGUUCGAAAUGUCAAUCUGAAUGCAGAGUAUAAUGAGCAUCUUGUGGAUAUGAAUCAGGUCACAGGUCCUCCCGGUGUUUUUCAGGUUAAUGGACCAGAGAACAGUGUUAGAGCCGGUUCAUCUGUAGAUGGACGCCGUGUAUCCGUUAAAAGAAAGGCUAUUGACGCCGGCAUUGGUCAGCCGUCUUCAAGCGGAGGAGGUUUCCGUGAGUUUCACAGCGGUGAGGGCAGUGCUUGGGUCUCGGCUCCUCCGUUUUAUAGUCCACCAAGUAAUGAUUUGAACAUAUCUCUUGACCAUGGUCCUAGAGGAUUGGUCUCUCAGAGCAGAUCUCCUGCUUCUUCCAUCACAGGGAACUUCUCUGUCAGGGUUAAUCCCAAUGCUCAGCAAGAAACUGUAAGCCCGGCUGCCUUUUCUCCUGGAAGUGGUAUCAGGCGACAGGUUGCUCCAGCGUCGAGAUUACCAAGACCAGAUCAACAACCGAUCGACACGAGAGACCAACAUUUUGCUCCUCAGAAUCCGAAUGCUUCUGCUAUUCCUAUGCCUCAUGUUACAAGAACCAUGAUGCCGCCAUUUCAGUGGAGUGUGCCGCCAGUAGCAGCAGGCGGAUCAUCAUCGAGCUCUGCUCCUACCAUUAACAGAAACGUCGUCCCUCGAGUUGAAACCAGACAAAGAAGCAACAUUCCAGAGAGUCCCUUGUUUGGUCCACCUCCUGAAAUGAUGAAUCUUUCCCACAGUCAUGUUGCUGCAUCGUCUUCAUCCAGGACAAGCGUUCAGCCAUCACCUCCGGUGGCUGCAGCAUUGAAUCCUCACCAGGGUUACUCGCCAGCUAGUCAAAGAAGGUUAUCAUCUGCACGGUCGUUGCUUACUUCCCUUGCUUCAAACCAUAGAGCUGCACGUUCCUUCUCUGUCCGUCCUGUCUCUCAGGAUCAGCAAAUGCUUCAGCCUGAUGGUGAUAACACCUUCCAGGCUCAGAACCGGGCUUACUCGAGAGCCAGUUCAAGACAAGUACCAACUGCAGUUGGCAUUCCUCAUUCUUUGCGUGGCUUGGCGUCCACAAGCCGAGGAAGAAGCAGACCUGCCUCAUCCGAGAUCCGUAAUGUCUUAGAUCACAUGCGUAGGACAGGGAACUUGCGUAUGGAGGAUGUUAUGCUUCUCACUCAGAUGGGGCUAGGUGGAGCUGAUAUUCAUGACCGGUAUAGAGGCAUGCGCCUUGAUGUUGACAACAUGACAUAUGAGGAGUUGUUGUCUCUAGAAGAGAGGAUCGGAGAUGUUUGUACUGGUCUAAGUGAUGAAACCAUAUCAAGCCGAUUGAAGCAAAGAAAAUACAAUAGUGGCACCAAAGCUCCACAAGAAGUAGAGCCAUGCUGUAUUUGUCAGGAGGAAUACAAUGAAGGAGAGGAAGUGGGAAAGCUCGAUUGUGGGCACGAGUUCCAUUGCCAAUGCAUCAAAGAAUGGCUGAAGGUGAAGAAUCUUUGCCCAAUCUGCAAAACAACAGGAUUAAACACUGCAGAGAAGCCAAUAAGAUGAAUGAUAGAAAGACCUUAAUCUGUUUGAGGUUUUUCUCACUAUUGCAGCCUCAUCAAAACACCAUGGGCAAGAUUGGGUCUUAAGCCUUUUUAUGCAUUUGGUGUUCUGAGUAUGAGGUUUGAUGAUUUGGGAGGUUGCCAAAAGAUAGGGAUGAAGGGGAAGUAACUGAGGGAGCUAGGAAGGAAAUGAGGGUGAAUCUAAUGAAAAACUUGGGUUCUUUCUUGAAUUUGUUUGGAUAAUUUAAUUUUUACCAAUUAGACUUUGUUUUUCCUUAUAUUACUCAGUAAAACUGUAAAAGAACUAAGAAAGUUUGUCAGCCAAUUUGGCAAAUUUAUAGAUUUUAUGGAUGAUUGAUUUUGUAAUAUAGCAUUAUUGUAUCGUAAGUUGAUCUAUCAACAUAGCAAAUUGAUAUGCA